AGAGGGAGACGGAGCUUGCCGUCUGGCAAAACAGCAUCCUUCCCUCCCCUCUGCUCCUCCCCUCCGUCCUCUCGGCAUCUCUCCCACGGUCCAGCGCUCAGCCUUCAGCUCCCCGGAUCCUCCCAGAUCCACCCGUGGAAAACACAGCCACCGCUCAGCUCUGGGUUACUGUGUGGUUUUUUUUUAAUCAUUUGUUUCCCUUCCGUGUGAGGCAGCCACUUGACUCUGCGCAGCUCGGUACUUUCCGUGUGUGCGUGCGCGCGUCUACCUGCGGCGGCAGCAACAGCGGAGGUGGGCGUGCGUAGUCCUCUGACCCUCUGUCGCCCACUCGCCUUCUCCAAGGAGGGGGGUGAGGAGGGGGGGGAUAUGGAUGGACUGCGCCUGCCUCCACUCAUAGAAGAGGCUCUGGACUCUACAGAUGAUCCCGGCGAUCUGAAAGUCGACAGCAGCCUGAACAUGGACAACGAGAUGACAGCCAAGGAGAGGGGCGUCCUGGAGGAGGACAACGAGAAGGAGGAGCUUGACCUGGAGCGGUCCCAGGAAGACGAGGGGGAAGAGAGGAAGCUGAGGGAGGAGGAAGGGGAAGGGGUGGAGAAGAGGAGGAAGGAGCAGGAGCCUCUGACUGAGGAGCAGGAGCUGGAGGAGCUGAAGGCCCAGGUGCUGCAGCUGCUGCUGGAGCUGGACGAGGCCAGGGAGACGUCCAACAAGCACCAGGAAAGUUUCCAUGAGUUGCAAGGUCUGCUGGAGGACGAGCGCCUGGCUAGCGCCCAUCAGGCGGAGACCUUCACCCGACAGAUCCAGAAUCUUCAAGCCCAGCUGCGCUCCGUGCAGGAGGAGAUGAACAGUUUGGAGGAGGAGAAGGAGAGCGAGCUGGCCGAGGCCCAGGAGGAGCUGCGCGUGGCCCAGGAGGAGGUAAUCCUGCUCCAGCAGGCGGCGGAGGAGGCAGCUGCGGAGCGGGAGAACGACAUUGCGUCACUGCAGGAAGAGUUGUGCCGCCGGCGGGCUGAGCUGCAGCGCUUGACCGAGGAGACCCAGGAGUACGAGCUGGAGAUCACGACGCUCAGGGCUGAGAUCAGCAUGAAGAGUCAGCGCAGGGAGGCCGAGAGGCGAGAGGGUGACGUGGACCUUCUAAAGGAGGAGUGCCGUGUGCUGAGGGAGGAGUGUCAGACCCUGAAGGAAAACAACAGGGGUCUCACGGAGAGGCUGCAGCUGCUGCAGAGACAGCGGACAUGCUCCAGCGUCUACCUGUCACUCAAAGAGGAGGAUGCAGUGGAGGGCGAAGAGGUGAAGGAGGGCGAGGCUGGCUCGGGCGAGGUCAUAACCGGGAGUUACAUGACCAUGACCCAGUCGGAGAACUGUCGCCUGGUGGAUGCCUCCAUCCAGAAAAACAUCUCUUUCGACGGGAAGCCGGCGACGCCAACAAGCUGGAAUGGAGGCAUCGGGGAGAUCUUCUCUCUGAGAGACCAGCUGAAGCAGGCCGAGGAGAAGGCCUCACAGGUUCAGAGAGAGUGUGACGGUCUGAAGAUAGAGCUGCAGGAGCUGCAGCUUCUGUACGACAGCAGUCAGAGGGAGAGGGCGGAGCUGGAGGAGGAGCUGCAGCGCUGCAAGGCGGAGCUGGAGAAGCUGUCAGGGGGUACUCAGAGAUUCAUCCAUCCGUCUGAGCACCCUGUUCUCUCCAUCCCCUUCGUAGGAAUGAUUAUAAUUGUGGCUGUGGUCUGGUGCUGGUUGUCGGAGCUGGCGUCCCAGAGAGCAAGGGGAGUGAGGUAGGUUGGAACUCCAUUGUGGCUCUCUCUGCAACCACAGCGUUGCUCUUAGCAAUGGCUGGCUUGUUGAGAGCUCUCGUCCGGUGUUGAUUGGAUGGGACGGACGUCCGCUUCGGACCAGCCUGCGUUCUCCUACCCCCUCCCACCCGCCACAUAAACAGACUGAACUGGAAUAGUUUAAAUGUAAGACACCUGACAAGAGUGUCAUAGAAAACCGAUGGGAAGUUUGUUCUCCAGCGAGACGGUACUACAUGAAAACUCAGACUGACGCUCUCAGUCUGAGCGCUGCGACGAGGAGCUGCCCUGCAGCCCGGAUGAGGAGUAAUUUGUUGAAUAGAUGUACGGUAGUGUUGUGUCAGUCCUCUCUGAAUAUGAUCUUCUUCACUUUUAACAUGUGACGAAACUAAGCUCUUGUUUGCUAUUGUUCCCUAAUUAGGAUGUAAUUAAUUUGUAAAAGUGAUUAAUUAGGUUUUUUUUGUUUGUUUGUCCUUGUAUUGCUCUUCGGUAUUUCUGAUAAUAAUGAAAAUAAUUCUUGACUUGUAAAUCUUUAAAAGGUGAGCUGACGUCCAGUCAGUUCCCAGCAAAUGUCUUAUUCUGCCCCCUUUAUUUAUAAAUCACUUAUUUUACUGUAAAAGUCCUACAGGGAUCCUCUGGUGGAUGAAGUCGGCUCAUCUUCACCUAUAACUAAUGGACAUGUGACAGUUCAAACGCGGUCCUUUUUCUUGAGCUCUCUGCUUUAUACACCUGCAGUGAGAUUCUCUGAAGUCUUUAUCUUUUAUGAAACAUUUCAGUGGCUUUCCGAAGACGCUCUGAAAUGGUAAUUGGUCUCAGUGACCAAGGAUGUGAUCAAAAAGUUAAUUUAUUUCAGCAAUUUCAUUCAAAAUUGGAACCCCAUAAAUUAUAGAGAUCUAUGAAGUAAAGAGUGAUUUUAUUUGAAACAUUUAUUCAUGUUAAUUUUGACGAGCUGUAAGCUAUAAUUGUCAACUUUGUGAGCAUAAUAUGAUAUUAUGAUUUAUUCUAUCAGGAUUUGUUGGCUGAAUGUUUGGGAAAGCUCUUCAAUUUGAUAAAGAUACAGUUGGAAAAAAAAUAAGUGUAGAAGGCAAGUAUGUUUUAAUUUGAGCAUCUAUUAGAAACAGAGUAGGAAUGUGAUUUGUGUCUGAAGCUUGUAGAUAAGGAAAUCAUACAACUUAUAUAAACGUCAUGUACUGUUGACCUCUGUAUGUAUCAAAGGACAUUGUUUACAUAAUGUGAAAUGUUCUUUUUUUUUGUGACAAUCUUUUGAAACUCAGAAAGCAUGCUAGAAAACAUAUGGAAGCACAAUACAAUAUUUAUGUUGGUUACGUGGAUUUGGUUUCUUUGUAUUUUCUGUAAAUAGACGCGACAUGCAGUACUUUGGGAGAGAGUUCUUUCUUAAAUCCAUUUGUACUAGCUUUGUAGAAAGUAUUUUAAAGAGCAUUGUAUAUUUGAUAGCCAAACUCUAAACUCUGUAAAUGUUUAUUUAUUGUGAGGUUAGUCAGAGGACCACUUACCAGACCUCUUUGCUCGAACCCUACGGUAGCCAUCGCAUGCAUUUAGCCGACCCAGAGCAACUCCUUGUUUUGGUCACUUUUUGAAUUGCAUAUAUGCUUUCUGAACCAUUUACCUUUAAAGAGAAUCUUAAUGAGCAUCAUCUGCCUUCAUGGAGAUUUUUAUAAAAUAAGACAUGUGCCACAGGACUGCAAAUGCCACUACUUGAUCCCCCUGUAACACGAACUGACGUCCUAUUAAACACUGCAUUAUGUUUAGCGCCUUGCAAAAGUAAUCAUUCACCCUGAAUGUUUCCACAUUUUGUCACUUUACUAGCCACAAACUGCAUUUUAUUUCUUUAGGAUUUUAUGCAACAGAGCACCACAAAGUACUGCAUAAAGUGGAAGGAAAAGGCGCCAUUCUAAGACUUUAAUAUAGUUUGAUCUAAACUAUUUUCUUGCACCUCAAGCUGGAUGUGUUGGGUCGUUGUCCAGUGGAAAGGUGAAACCUCCACCACAGCCUCUCUAGCAUAAAUAUUCUGUAUGUGGCUCCAUCCAUUGUCCCCUCCAGCUUCUCUGUUUUUGUUCAGACCAUAUUUCAAAGUGGGGAUGAUAUAUUCAGGUUGAUUUGCAGUGUUAGUUAUCUGCCACACAUCGGGUUUGGCAUGUAGGCCAAAAGUUUCAUAUUAGUUGUCAUAUUCUUUUAACACUUUUUAUAGGGCCCCAAUUGGCCCUCCAAAUUUCCCCACCGUGGGGCUAUACAGGUAUUUCUAUUUUAUUCUAAUCUAUUAAACAUCUCCACAAUGUUAUCCUCAUCCUGUCCACUGUGUUCUUUGGUCUUCAUGAUGCUGUGGAUUUUACAUCCUAAAUAAAGUCCUUCUGAAGUGGUUAUUUUGCUCUGGAUUUUAUUUAAGGGCAUCAGAGUAAAACGGGCUGUGAGAACACAUCCACGCCACAUUGCCUUUUUUAUUUGUAAGAUCAUUAGAAAAGUACGUGUCCUUUUUCUUCCACUUCAUAAUCAUGUAGAAACUUUAUGUUGGUCUUGUCUAAUCCUAAUAAAAUAUCUUAAAGUCUGUAGAUGUUACAUAACAAAACGUGGAAAAAGUUCAAUCGGUACAAAAUACUUACAGAUGCAAGGCACUUUAGGACAUUGUCUUUAUUUCUGAGUUUAUUAUUAGCAUCGUUUGCAAAGCCUCUGUGUUGCACAGUGUUUCGAAGCUUGCUGCUUUUACAUAUUUAUUGCAUUGUUUGCUUUCAAUAUAGUCGUGGCUAUUUUGUUACCUGGAGGUCUAUUUUGCACUGCGAAUGAGUUGAGAAAAAUAAAUAUAUCCAACCCA